UUGUCUCAAUUCAUCGAAGUCCCAAUUCCCCAAUUCUCACACCCUUCCCAGACUUACUAUGCACUAGUGAUCCUGGGAUUUGACUUUCCCCAUCCAUCUCACUAAUCUAAAUCAAUCCAAUCCGAUCCAUAUUCCUAUUCUUGACCGGAACCAUUUUGGUUGACUGCUUGAUGUCUCCAGCGAUUCCACUUCGUCCGUUUAUCCAUCAUUCUCGCGAAGAACGCUCGUUUCAACUCUCUUCCCCCUUCCCCAUUUUUCUUGAUCCAUGAUAUCUUAAAGGUAACUUACUCAUCUGGAUGAUGAAAGUGGCUCGAGUCCCCUUCCUGCGGUGCCGACGAGCUCUGAGCUGAUUAGAUCGACUCUUCCGGUGCUGGUGCACUUGAAUGCUAUUCGGCUGGUCAUCGUCAUCAUGGUAAACCCCUUCCCACCGUCCCAAACACCUCUAAACAAUCUUCUCUUGCAUCCGUCACAACACCUCCACGAGCCGUCGGCCUUCUCCGCCUACUCGAUUCUGGGGGCCGGACAAUAUCCGGAGAGUGUCGCCCUCUGGCAUAACCCUUCUACACAACCUCCUUCACAACCGGGCGUACCGGGAACUGCCCCGCCGGCUGCCUUUGCGCCAAUUCCGAAAUCGCAAGCACUGCUGCAACCCGCCCUUCCAGACCUGAAGAAACAUAAGCGCACCAGAAGUGGCUGUUUCACAUGUCGAGCCCGUCGGAUCAAGUGUGACGAGUCCCGCCCGGUGUGCGACAGAUGCCGGAAAGGAAAUCGCGACUGUGUCUAUCCCACUCCGGGGACGAGCGGGUCUAUGUCCUCCGCCGGAUCUCGUUCCGGAGCCAAGUCGAAAGGAUCUCGGCCGCAGUCGCGAGGGAGUGAUUCUUCCAGCCACCUCGACGCGGACGAUGUACACAUCCUGGAACCUAUUGCAGAUGAGGAUGAGGAUGAGGAGGAAGAAGGCAGUGUUGGGUCUAGUGCACGUCUCUCGCCCUCCACAGGGCCGAAUGGGACCAAAUCCAAGCUGGAACUUCGCAACAAACGUAGUGCACAGUCCCUAGCCAGACGAAGAGUGAAGCAACAGUUACUCGCGGUCACAACUGCCCCUGAAACCCCGGGGUCUCUCAGGGAUGUCAGCAGUUCGCCAUCAACCGAGGCGUCGUUGAGGCUCGAUUCAGCCAGUGUGCGGUCGGCCAGUGUCGGACUGCACCCUUCUGAAUCUUUCGCCUUGCCCAACACCGCCCAUUUACCGGAGGACGUCCGCUUCUAUCUCGCCUUUCAUCAAGGGUAUAUGACCUCGCGACAUUAUUUUCUCUCGGGUAGCGGUGAUCGAUUCGUCCAUCAAGAUCUCAUCGAAAUUGCGCUGCAGUAUGACCCCCUUCUUUAUGCCGUCGUCGGCUUCGCUGCGUACCACCAUUGCGUUCAUACCGGCAACGGAAAGCUAUACGCCUUUCUCAAAUACUACAACAUGGCUUUGAAGUUAUUGCGGAAGUCGUUAGGGUCAAACGAAGAGCAUUGGGAAGCGACACUGAUCACGGUACUGGUGCUCACCACUUUUGAAGAAUUCAUUGGUGAUUGGGUAAAUUUGAUCGACCACCAUCAAGCUGCUCAUGCAUUGAUGCGCGAACUCUUGACCCCUGAAUCCAUAAUAACGAACAAACUCCACAACCAGAUAUUCCCUUGGUACGCCCGAUUUGAUGUUGUAGCGGGGAUAUUAGCUGGUAAUGAGACGGUCCUAGGUCGGGAAUGGUACGUUGCGAAAGAAAACUACGAUGCUCAACAGGCUGCCAGAUACCCGGAGGACGCAGAUAAGCAGCUGGCCUUAGCCGCGUCGAUUAAUCGUCGGUUCGGGCUAGAAAUGGCAUCAUUGUAUGCCAAGUUGUCGCGCGGGAUGAUUCCGAUUGACGAGUUUAUCGCUCAGAAUGACCAGCUCGGCCAGACUAUUGAGGAAGUCCGGAAUAUCUUGGAAAAGUUCCGGGAUUCGGAGUACACUGUUUGGGAGUUUCCAGACAAGCAGCCUUUGACGGAGGAUGACAUUGUCGACCCCUAUGUCCCCGGUGUCUUGCAUCGGGGCCGACUGUGGAAUGUCAAUGCGGCAUGGAUCGAUUACUACUCCACGAAAGCCAUGUUCAAGUACCAGUCACUCCUCUCGGUGAGACAAUCGUCGCCAUCGGAGUUGGAGAGCUUGGCUCUGGAGCAAUGCCGGCUGAUCGAGGCCAUCGAAAGGUGGCCGGAGAAGGAGAACGGAUAUAUGUUUGCUUUCAAGAACAGUAUUGGGAUGGCGUGCUUGUUUGCUCCCAAAGACAGUAAACAUGUCAUGUGGGGUCGGAAAAAGUUUGCUCUGAUGGAGCGAAACGGAUAUGUGACUGCUCCCAAAUUCCGCCAACUAUUGGCCACUGUCUGGCAGUUACCAGAAAUAAACCACUGGUGGCUUCCUGACGAUGAAGGCUAUCCGGAUAUCAUCCGAGAGGUGCGGUCUAUGACGGAGGAACGAUCUUCUAAUCCACGGGAUAAUUUCCGUGAGAGUGUUCGCAAUAUGAGGUCUUUGUUCUGGAACAUCAGCUUGGAAGACACUUCCAGCGAGAAUAGCCCAUCUUCCAUGGGACAGGAAGACCGAUAAACGGGCUUCCUUACCCGGAACC